UUGCUGGAAUAAUCUCAAGAAAAAGAAAAUAAAGCAGUUCUAUAGAUAACAAGUGAUUGUAUUAUGAAAAGAACACUCAUGCUUUCUAUAAAGAAUCUAGAAAAUUUUAUUCAAGAGAUAACUGUACCUAAUGAACAAAUGGUAGAUGAUGAGUUAAAAAGUAAAGAUUUUUCAGACUCUGAAUAUAAUAUGGAACAUUUUGUAUCUUUCUUAGAAUUGAAUUCUUCUGUAAUGAAUAGUGACUAUGUAAACUAUAAUAAUGAUAACGGUGAAGUUUUAAAAAUAUCUGAAAUGAAAUCAUCAGAUAAUUUGAAUUUUUCAUAUGUUCAUAAUGAGAAUAAAAUAUUAAAAAUUUCAAAUAAAAGAAUAAGUGAUACACCAGUCUUCAAAAAUGGAAUUAAUUAUACUACCAGCAGAACUGAUCUAAAAAUAAAAGGAGAUUCACAAAUAAAUACAAUAUAUGAUGAAAAUGUUUCAUUAAGUGAUGAUAAUUUUAAUGGUGUAAGCAAGAUAGUGAAAAAGACAAAUAAUUCAGAAAAAUCUGAAAAAAUAACAAACUGUAAAAAAUCAGUUUUGAAGAAAUCUGAUUUUAUUUCCAGUGCCAAUAAUUCUGAAUUUAAACAUUUACAUACAAAAUCUUACCAAAAGAAAUCAACAGUGAAACCAUAUAAACAUAUCAAAGAAAAUCAUAAAGCAGAAGAAACAAAGCAUACAUUUAAAAUCAGAUCUUUUUGUAAGAAGAAUAAUUUUCACCAGUCUAAAAUAAAUGAUGAGAAAGAAAACAUGAAAAAUAAUUAUGAAGAAAUUAAAUUAUCAAAUAUUAUUAUUGAAUCUGUUUUAGAAAAUAAGUCUUUGAUUCAGAAAACAGAAAAUAAUACAUCAACAAUAAGUACAGUUAGUGGUAGCAAUUAUGAAGAUCCAAUUGUAAUUGAUUCAGACUCCAAUAAUGAUGAAUUAUUAGUGUUACCCACUGAUUUAAUUGAAACUUCAGUUGAUGAUAAAAGUAAUAAAGUGAUACCUGAAGUGGACAUUAGAAAUCACACAAUUUCAGGAAAUCUUUCCAAGUGCACACUAAAUUUAGAUAGAAUUAUUGAUGCUAAAAAUAAAACCAUGAAAGAAGAAGAGUUAAUUUAUAAUUUGUCAAAAGAAGAAAUAAAUGAUAACAAAUUUGAAGAUACAGAUUUGAAACAGUUAAUAAAAAAUAUUAAUAUAAAAGAAAUUCAAAAAGAUAGAAUAACAGAUUUUCCACCAGGAUUGGAGAUUUUUGAUUAUAAAAAGUGUUACAGGUAUUUUUGUGUCUUUCAUGGACUAAAUUUAGAAAGCUGUGGAUUUCAAGCAAACAAAGGAAGUACUUUUGAUAAAAAAAUUGCUAAAUUAUCUAGUACAGAAUUAAAGGAAUUGAUUACAUUUGGAGUGUUUCAGUGCCAGUUAAGUUCCAUGAAGUGUAAAGAAGCAUUUUUGGAAUAUUGUUUUAAAUUAUUAUCAGUGCUAAACAACAAUUUAUUGAGUUUUGCUUGUACAGAUAUAUUUUGGUAUUAUAUUAAAACUUCAAAAAAUGGGCAUAUUUAUUGGUGCCCAUCUAUGAAAGAUAUAUUAACAGUAAUAUUAAAUUAUGGUGUUAAUGUUGAUCGUUGUCCCAUAAUAAAUAAAUAUAAUGAUUGUGAAAAAAUGUUAAUGAAAUUUGAAAAUAGUUGCCUUCUGGAAAAGGAAGAUGUAACAAGUUGUUGGAAUGAAGAAAUUUUUUCAAUUGAAGAUGGUCUUUUUAAAGUUUUGGAUGUUCUUAUAGUAUUCUUGCAUUAUAAAUGCAAUUAUUCAAAAGAAGAACUCUGUGAUUUGAUUUUACUGUUAAGUUGGAUUAGUUUAGAUACAAAGUUCAUUGGUAAACAGAUCAAAAUUAAAAUUAAAGAAUUAAUUGAUAUAUGUUUGGAGAGGAUAUCAUCAUCAGAUUGGCCAGAUAAAAUGAAAUUUCUUACAGAAGAAUUGGCACAAUUGGGAAGUCACCACAGAAAUACUUUAUAUGUAGUUCAGUUAUUGCCAACAAGUAAUCGUGGUGUUUCUUUGCAAAAAGCUGUUAGUUUUCUAGCAAUUCAAUAUUUAUUGGAACUAGAAGAUUCAUAUUUUGUUGCUGAUGUCACAUGUUGACUUGAUAUGAAAAGAAAUGGCAUCUACUCGUGGUCGAAAAAUUCAUUGCUGUUGGUGGAAUCAUCUUUAAUGCAUUUAAGAGACGACAGAUGUUAUCUGUUUUUUCACCUGUAGCCUGAAAGAUUUUGAGAUUGUAGUACUUCUUUUGCAACAGGAUUAAACAACUCUUUCGGAUCCUUCUAACGCUUCAAUUGCGAUCAGAACAGCAUAUCUGCCAACCAUUUUCACUUUCGUGUAGCGAUCAUGUGAGAUCGCUACAUGCUCAACUCAACGCGAGUAGCAACUCACUUGGUGAGAUGGGAAAGCACAUGAGUUAUAACUCGAUACUACCGAUUUUAUGUCAGAGUGUGAGAUGGUACCAUGUGACAUGUUCAACACGUUGGGAGUAGUAACACAAAAAACUCUAGACUAAGGGCCCUGGACAGAGCUGGCCCAAUGCUCUGUAAACACACACAUUUCACCACUGCACCAACUAGUGGCAAUUAGUAGAACAGAAUGCAGUCCUGUGUCUAAUAUUUUCAUGUGCUAUUUGAGGCAGGCCCAAGUAUGAUAGAAUGUGGGGAUAAAUAUAUUUUUUAUUUUCAUAAAUUUAGAUUAUUAAAAAAUAAACUAAAUAAUUUGUUAACCAAGAUACUUUUUUCAGUGAAUUGUUUGAUAAAAUUAUUAAUUGGGCCUAACCUCUCUAUCCACUAAUGACCAGCUGGUCAUUAGUGGAUAAGAGAGGUUAGGCCCAAUUAAUAAUUUUUUUGUCCCUGUUUUGUACAAGCAUUUUUUAAGCCUUAAUUCGUAAGAGAUAUACAGUAGAGCAUUGAUUAUCCGACACCCGAUUAACUGUCACAUUGGUUAACUGACCAUUCUAGUCAGCAAAUUUCAAAUGUCCGCUAGUGAUGUGGCAUUACAAUAUUUGGC